AUGUCUGCAUCAAAUAUCAUCGCCAUUGUAGGCGCCACCGGCAACCAAGGCUCGUCUGUCGCUCACACCUUUCUAUCUCUUCCCAAUUGGCAUGUCCGGUGUCUCACCCGCAACACAUCCUCACCUACUGCCCUCGACCUGGCAGCGAAGGGUGCUGAGGUGGUCCAGGCCGACCUCACAGACAAGGAGUCGCUCGUCCGCGCCUUUGCCGGUGCCCACGCCAUCUUCGUCAACACUGAUUUCUGGGCUCCGUACGGCGCUGCGGUGAAAGCCGGCAAGUCGCGUGAGGAAAGCACCCGCAUCGGCUUCGACGUCGAGUUCUCCCACGUCAAGAAUGCCACUGAUGCUGCGGCCACGAUCCCCACGCUGCGCCGCUUCAUCUACUCGGCCCUGGGCCCCAUGAAGGUCGCAUCAAACGGAAAGUACCCUCAUUCAGGCCAUUGGGAUUCCAAGGCCGUGGCUGUCGACUACAUUGAGGCCGAAACGCCCGAGCUGGCUGCCAAGACCUCCUUCAUCUAUCUCGGAGCCUACAGCACCAAUCCUCUCCUUAUCCCCCAGAAAUACCCUCAUCUAGACGACUGGGCGCUCAUGCUCCCUGCCCCAGCCGAGGCAAGGAUGCCCGUGAUCCGUGAGCGGGAGUCCACGGGUCCCUUCGUGCGAGCCCUGAUUGAGGACGAGGAGCCGGGGCUGAAGUUACUGGCCUACGACGCUUACCCGACGAUGCAGGAGGCUGCCGACACAUGGAACAAAUUGACGGGAAACAGCGCCAAGGUCGUACAGGUGACGCUGGAGGAAAUGCAGGAGCGCACCGGGCUGCCCUACGAGGUGCUUGACGGGCCGGCCUUUAUCGGCGAGUUCGGCUUCAUGCACGGCGUCAAGGGCAAGGUCAUUGAGCCCAGGGAUCUGAAGAACAAGGUGCCUACCAAGACACUGGAGGAGAUUCUCGAGGCGAAGGGUAUUGAUCAGCUGCUGGGUUCGAAGCACCCCGACAUGUAG